AUGAAGCUCGCACUCAUCGUUGCACUUAUCGCCGCCUCCGUGAUCGAAGCCACUGGCGUUGCACAGCCGUCUUACACGACCACUGCAGCUCCGUGCACUACCACUGCAGCUCCGUGUACUACCACCAAGGCGCCUGUAACGACCACCAAGGCGCCUCUCACAACCACCAAGGCGCCUUGCACCACCACUAAAGCGCCUGUCACAACCACCAAGGCGCCUUGCACAACCACUAAAGCGCCUGCCACAACCACCAAGGCGCCAUGCACAACCACCAAGGCUCCUGUGACUACUUCCAAGGCGCCUUGCACCACCACCAAGGCACCUGUGACUACCACCAAGGCACCUGUCACCACCACCAAGGCGCCUGUCACCACCACCAAGGCGCCUGUGACGACCACCAAGGCUCCUGUCACCACCACAGCAAUUCCUUACACCACCACCAAGGCGCCUUGCACCACCACCAAGGCGCCUGUGACUACUACCAAGGCGCCUGUGACUACCACAGCAAUUCCUUACACCACCACCAAGGCGCCUCUCACAACCACCAAGGCGCCUUGCACCACCACUAAAGCGCCUGUCACAACCACCAAGGCGCCUUGCACAACCACUAAAGCGCCUGCCACAACCACCAAGGCGCCAUGCACAACCACCAAGGCUCCUGUGACUACUUCCAAGGCGCCUUGCACCACCACCAAGGCACCUGUGACUACCACCAAGGCACCUGUCACCACCACCAAGGCGCCUGUCACCACCACCAAGGCGCCUGUGACGACCACCAAGGCUCCUGUCACCACCACAGCAAUUCCUUACACCACCACCAAGGCGCCUUGCACCACCACCAAGGCGCCUGUGACUACUACCAAGGCGCCUGUGACUACCACAGCAAUUCCUUACACCACCACCAAGGCGCCUCUCACAACCACCAAGGCGCCUUGCACCACCACUAAAGCGCCUGUCACAACCACCAAGGCGCCUUGCACAACCACUAAAGCGCCUGCCACAACCACCAAGGCGCCAUGCACAACCACCAAGGCUCCUGUGACUACUUCCAAGGCGCCUUGCACCACCACCAAGGCACCUGUGACUACCACCAAGGCACCUGCGCCUUGCACCACCACCAAGGCGCCAUGUACCACCACCAAGGCACCUGUGACUACCACCAAGGCGCCUGUCACAACCACCAAGGCGCCUGUCACAACCACCAAGGCGCCUGUCACUACCACAGCAAUUCCUUACACCACCACCAAGGCGCCUGUCACCACCACAGCAACUCCUUACACCACCACCAAGGCGCCUGUCACCACCACAAAGACGCCUUGCACCACGACAGCUACUCCUGUCACCACCACCAAGAUACCUUGCACCACCACCCAGACCCCUGUCACCACAACUGGAACCCCCGUCAUCCCCACAACUACACCUGUCACAACCACGGCAAUUCCAUACACCACAACAGCUACCCCCGUGACCACAACAAAUGCACCCGUGACGACGACUGGAACCCCAGUCACCACCAAGACGCCUGUCACAACGACAGCUACCCCUGACUACCCCACUCCUACCCCUGCUAACACUGUCCCUGGUGCUACCACGACAACGCCUCCUUCCACCACAGCCACUCCUGGCGACCCCACUACCACCGCGGCUCCUGUUGCUUCUACGACGGCUAUCCCAGGCUACCCCACUCCUACCCCGGCUAACACUGUUCCUGGUGUUACCACAACGGCUCCUAUCACCACGGAUACACCUGGCUACCCCACAACCACCGCGGCUCCUGUUGCUUCUACGACGGCUAUCCCAGGCUACCCCACUCCUACCCCGGCUAACACUGUUCCUGGUGCUUCCACAACGGCUCCUAUCACCACGGCUACACCUGGCUACCCUACAACCACCGCGGCUCCUGGGGAUUCCACAACGGCUAUCCCAGGCUACCCCACUCCUACCCCGGCUAACACUGUUCCUGGUGCUACCACCACGGCUCCUAUCACCACGGCUACACCUGGCUACCCCACAUCCACCUCGGGUCCUGGGGAUUCCACUACGGCUACCCCUGGCUACCCAACUCCUACCCCGGCUAACUCUGUUCCUGGUGCUACCGUGACAAUGGCUCCUUCCACCACAGCCACUCCUGGUGACUCCACCAACACUGCGGCUCCUGAUGCUUCAACGACGACCACCCCUGGCUACCCCAUUCCUACUCCGGCUAACACUUUUCCUGGUGCUACUACACCUGGCGACUUCACCACCUCCGCGGCUCCUGGGGCUUCCAACACAGCUACCCCUAGCACCAUCUCGUCUGCUCCUGGCACCACUUCGCCCUCUUGCAAAAUCCCCAAGAACGAAGGCCCUGUACCCACCAACCCUCCUGCUGACAAGUGCACUAACGUGUCUGUCGUUGGCGAUGCCACGUAUUGCAUUGUUGGCCCUAUCUGCAGUGGGUCUGGCAGCCUACCCAGUGGUAUCAACUGCCCCAAGAAGGGCGAUGUCGCAGUGAACGACUGCCACAAGCAUUUCAAGUCCUACGCCGACAAUCACCAUCUAUGCGUCGCACCUGUGGAUGCCUCGUGUGUCAAGAUCCCAUCGGGCGCUUGGGGAUGCGACUGGGGCGGUGUCGGAUGCACAACUACCCCAGCUCCUUAUACUGGUACCCCUGCUGAUACCACCAAGGCCCCUGUCAUCACGAUCACGGCUACCCCUGGCUACCCCACUCCUACCCCGGCUAACACUGUUCCUGGUGCUACCACGACAACGUCUUCUUCCACCACAGCCACUCCUGGCGACUCCACCACGAACCCAGUGACCAUCACCUCCACUCCAGUGUCCAUCACCUCUACUCCAGUGACCACCACGGCCACUCCAGAGACCACCACGGCCACUCCUGUGACCUCCACGUCCACUCCAGUGACCACCACGUCCACUCCAGUGACCACCACAGCCACUCCUGAGACCACCACGGCCACUCCAGUGACCACCACGGCUACCCCUGGAUACACCACCACGAUCCCAGUGACCACCACCUCUUCCCCAGUGACCCUCACCUCUUCCCCAGUGACCACCACUGGCCACCACCACCAAAGUGCCUGUCACUACGACCAAGAUGCCGGCCACCCCCACGACUACUCGUGCGACCACCGUCCGUCCUACCCACAAGCCCACUAA